AGUUGAUUUUAUUUGGAAUGAAGAACCUAGAGGGGUGGUGUCUGGAGGAGGGUAGAGAAACAAAUCUGUCCUUGUUUCCAUGCCUCAUUCGGAUGGAUAUUAGAAGAUGUCCAAAAUUUUCAACCGUGCCACGCAUUCCAACUCUCCAAGAGUUACAUAUGGAGCGAUCAUUCUGUGAGUCACAAAUCUCUCUCGUGUCCAAGGAAAGAAGGUUCUUCAAGCAUCUGGAAUCUCUUCGGAGUUUGACUAUAAAUUCUUGUACUGAGGAAUUGGUUUUGUCGCUGGAAGAUGAAGAGGAGACAAGAGUCAUGAAGGCAUCACUUGAGAGUUUAGAUAUUGGCAAUUGCAAUCAGUUAUCAUUGACAUUGGUUUUGCAGAACCUUCCAUCUCUGAGAGACCUAUGGGUGGGGUCGCUUGGAAAGCUGGUUUUCUGGCCAGACGGGAUGCAAGUGUCUUCGGAUUUCUGGCUGUGAUGCCCUCAGAGAAUUGCCCAUGUGCCCUAAAUCACUCCAAUCCUUGAGUAUUGACAGUUGUUCAGGCAUCAAGUCUUUGUGGCCAGAAUUGGGACACAUUACUUCAUUAUCCUUUUUAUGGUUAUCUAAAUGUCCCAAGCUUGUGUCUUUAUCAGACGGGAUGCAGGGCCUCACUUCCCUUCGGUAUCUAUACAUUGUGGAUUGUCCGGGGCUGAAGUCAUUCCCUAAAGGCCUCCAACAACUACUUCCUACUCUAAAAGAACUA